AUGGCUUCUUCGCAAUCUCUAAUUCUUAUCUCCAAAUGCACCAUCUUCCCAGACCAAAAAUCUAUACUCUCUGACCUCAAACUCUCCGUCUCCGAUAUUCCGAUGCUUUCCUGUCACUACAUUCAAAAGGAUGGUCUUUUCACUCGCCCUCCUGUUCCAAUUGACUCUCUCAUCUUUCUCCUCCAAUGUUGUCUCUACCCGACUCUCUCUCUCUUCCCGCCACUCGCCGAACAUCUCAAAACUGACACUUCCGGUUAUGUUUAUAUCACAUGUAACAACGCCGGAGUUGACUUCAUUCAUGCCAGUGCAAUUCGCAUUCAUGUUCGUGACAUUUUGUCCCCAACUGAUGUCCCUAAUUGUGUCAAAGAAUUCUUCACUUUUGAUAGAACAGUGAGUUACGACGGCCAUUUCAAGCCUAUAUUGGCUGUGCAAGUGACUGAGCUCGCCGAUGGCAUUUUCAUUGGCUGUGCACUCAAUCACACUAUUACUGAUGGCACGUCGUUUUGGAACUUUUUCAAUACUUCCGCGGAGUUUUGUGGAACUGGUGCGAGGAAUAUUUCAAGGGUACCAGACUUCCACAAUGAAUCGAUGCUGAUCUCGCCGACGGUUCUCAGAGUACCUAAGGUGGACCCAAGUCGUAACGGAGCAAUUGAUAGAGUCAAAUUGAUGGGGAAGCAAAGCGACGAUCCUUUGAAGUUCAUCGACGGGAAGAUAAUGCCGUUGAAAUGGCUACGAAAUGCCGUUUUGAACACCGAAAUGUUGUAUGCCAAUCCAAUUGUAGAGAUCUCAUCUUUUCAGUCAUUAUGUGCUCUGCUAUGGAAAACGAGCAUUCUGAAGUACGCCUCCGCCAGUGAGGUUUUGUCACGUGAUCUCAGAUGGUGCGCCGAGCAGCCGAACAAGAAUGUGAAGGCCCACGAUAACGCUACGGUGAGGCGAUGCGUAGAGGAUUGGGAGCAGGACCCACGGUGUUUCUUGUUGGGAAACUUUGACGGGGCGAUGAUCACAAUGGGAAGUUCACCAAGAUUUCCAAUGUACAACAAUGAUUUCGAGUGGGGCAGACCUGUAGCUGUUCGGAGCAGGCGGGCUAAUAAGUUUGACGGUUGGAUUUUGGCGUUUUUAGGGAGGGAAGGUGGUGGGACCAUUGAUUUGGAGGUGGUCUUGGUGCCCGAGACUAUGGCGGGUUUGGAGUUGAAUUUAGAGUUCAUGUAUUACGUGUCGGGUUAUUGA